GAAGAAGUGUUUGCUCAGGGAUGCUGCUAAGAUAGAAACACUGUGUGAAGAAGGAAGGACGGUGCUUGAACAGAAGGAGCAUAUUCUCUGAAGGUGCCUCUCCCCACCACACCAAGCAUAAGACCCCAUCUGCAAACUAAGCCAACCUUCCCAAGAGAGAGCAGGCCUUCUCAUCUCCUUCAUCAUGAAUUGGCAUAUGAUAAUCUCUGGGCUUAUCAUAGUGGUGCUUAAAAUGGUUGGAAUGACCUUUUUCCUGCUUUAUUUCCCACAGAUUUUUGGCGGAAGUAAUGUCAGCUUCCUUCCCACAGAGAGCUAUGGAACAGUCCCACUGACUUUCGGGAGCAGUAAUGUCACCCUACUUCCUACACAGAGCUAUGGAACAGUCUGCCCCAACAGGUGGUAUUUUCAUCAAGGAGAAUGCUUUUGGUUGUCCCCUUUUGAAAUGUCUUGGAACAAAAGCAGGGACUUUUGCAAAACAGAAGGAUCCACUUUGGCCAUUGUCAACACACCAGAGAAACUGAAAUUUCUGCAGGACAUAAUUGGUGCUGAGAAGUAUUUUAUUGGCUUAUACCAGGAUACAGAGAAAACAUGGCGUUGGAUCAACAACUCCCCAUUCAAUGGCAACAUUAUCAAUCAGCAUCAGAACUUCGACUGUGUGACCAUAGGCCUAACAAAUACAUUCGAUGCUGCACCAUGUAACAUCAACUUGCGCUGGAUUUGUGAGAAGCUGGCGAAAUGAUUGCAGUUCUCUGUGGCCUCUGACAAGAGUAACAAACACACUUGUGGAGAAAGCAAAAAGAAUAUGAUUGGGAUUGGUACAGGAAAUACAGAACAUCAAAUUACUGUG